GAGCAACGGCGGCCGAAGCUACUGAGCAAAACCUUCAAAGAAGGAAAAAUCAUGGCGAAAGGCGACGAUGCUUUGGCGAGGAAGAAGAACAAAUUAACGAGGAAGAAGAAUAAUCGAAAGAACGAUUCCGCCACCGUAUCUGCUCGCAUCGCCGCCAUCAUCGCCGCUAAGAAACGCCGCAAGUCUGGCAAACGCAGCAUGUGUCAGGGAAUGUGUUUUAGCCUUCCUACACCUGAAGAUCCGUUCAAUGAGAAGCAAGGUAAAGUGGACAUUACCAAAAAGAAAAAGAAGAAGGUCAAGAAAGAUAGAGAAGGCAAGAAGAAACCAUCUGCUAUGUCCAGUGAUGGCGAUGGGAAGAAGCUGAAAGGUCCACCAAAGUAUGUGAUGUUGUGCCUGAACAGUAUAGAGACCUCGUUUCGAAGUGAUGAUCAACAUGAGAAGUCUUUGUUCACUAGCACCUGGGGGAUUGAGUUCUGGAAAUGUUUUAAUUCUGGAAAAGAUGUUCUAGAGACAAGUGGAGCAUCUUCCACCUUGGAACAGAUCGCGUGGAUCGUUUCGACCGCGACAGAUGCUAUGUCUAGACGGGAGAAAGAAGAGCAGGAGGAGGAGGAGUCAUUAAGCAACAGCCCUUUCCUCUUGUACCUCGUACCAUCUCAGUCUAAAGCAUCCAAGGUUCGAUCGGUUUGCAAGGCACUGAAAGGUAUUGGAAUUCACACAGUGAGCUUACACCAAGGAGCGUCACUAGAUCAUCAGAUAUCUGGAUUGAAAAGCUGUGAACCUGAGUUUCUAGUUUCUACACCUGAGAGACUUUUGGAGAUUGUUGCCCUGAAGGGAGUUGAUAUAUCGGGGGUUUCAUUGCUGGUCAUUGAUGAACUAGGUUCACAUUGCACUAGUGGUUAUCUAGAUGCGGUGAAAUCCAUUAAGCAGGCCAUUUCCAGCGAACACCGAACGAUAGUUUUCAGCGACAGUUUUAGCGCUUCCUAUAUUCCAGCCGUCCAGAGUCUUUUGGGAGGAUCAAUUAACAGACUUUCCCUCAGUGAUUCUGUUGCCAGCCAAGCCUCUUGUAUUAGCCAGACUGUAAAUGUGUGCGCCUCGGAGGAAAAAAAGCUGCAGAAGUUUUCAGAGGUUCUGGAUUCAUCAUCUUCAAAGAUUAUAUACAUUGUUGCAAAGGAGGAAAGUUUCAGAAAGUUAAAGGCUCUACUUAAGGUCAAAGGUCUCUCUGUUUCAGCCAAUAGCGACUCUAAAAUCUCAGAGCUCAAAAAGAGCCGGAAGCCAUUGGCACGCUUGAUCGAUAUCGAAGAGUUGGAUAUAACAGUAAUGAGUGACUUUGAAACCGUUCUACUUCCGGAUUUUGUUCCAUCGUUCGAAACAUACGUUCAGAUUCUGACAAGUAUGGCUAGAGACAGUGUCCACGGCGUACUGCACAGCUUUCUAACGGAGAAGGAGGCGGUUUCUUAUCCGGCUGGUUCAUUGGUGAAUGUUCUUGAGGAUUGUGGCCAGAUCGUGCCUGAGCCUUGGAGGAAUAUGUAUGCUUCUUCUAUGUCUGAUUGAUCAAUUGUUCUCUUCCAAGUCUUCUUUAUCUUUUGGUUAAAGUGAUUAGUUUUGACUGUGGA